UCCGACACGGAUCUGUGAGGACGCGCCGCGCGUCAAAAGAGAAGAAGCUCAAAUCCCGUUUAAUCCUCAGCGCUGCGUCCGGAGAUAGAAUCGAUCCAGCAGCAUCAAUCACGCGACGCGCAAAACGCGCUCAUGCACCUGAACGUCACAUGCAUCUAAUCCAGUUAAAGCCCACUUCCCGACUAUAAAAGCCCGAGCCUGGUGCAUCAUAACGCAUUUGCACGUAAACACUGUCAACUGAGCGAUAUUGAUGAAGCUUAGACGCCUGUAAACCGAAGUGUGUUGAUGAUGUGAGAAUGAUGCUGUGAAGGGACCUCCUGCGUCUCCUCCCCUCCCUCCUGUUCCUCACUUCCACUCCUCAUUUCGCGUUCACCCAGGAGAAGAGCUCCGAGCAUCCAGCAUCAUGUCCUCAGACGUCCAGCUGCGCGACCAAACGGACAGCAGCGACCCCGCGGGCGCCAGGAGCGACUGAGAGCAGGUGUCAGAAGUCAUACAUCCUGCCCAUAGUGAACUGACCAGCUGUACCCGAGUGUGGACGCCAUGGAUACAAUAAACUUCACCUUCUGGAACGCCUCUGAGGGCAACGAGACCCUGGAGACGGUGGACGAGAGCCCGUAUAAGACAGUGGAGGUGGUGUUCAUUGUACUGGUGGCCGGCUCACUAAGCUUGGUGACCGUUAUCGGGAACAUCUUGGUCAUGCUCUCCAUCAAGGUAAACAGGAGCCUGCAGACUGUCAACAACUACUUCCUAUUCAGCCUGGCCUGUGCUGACCUCAUCAUUGGCCUUUGCUCUAUGAACUUGUACACGGUCUACAUUGUGAUUGGAUACUGGCCACUAGGCCCAGUCGUGUGCGACUUGUGGUUGGCGCUGGACUACGUGGUCAGCAACGCCUCCGUCAUGAACCUGCUGAUCAUCAGCUUCGAUCGCUACUUUUGCGUCACCAAGCCGCUCAGUUACCCAGUGAAGAGGACGACCAAAAUGGCAGGCAUGAUGAUUGCAGCGGCAUGGGUUUUGUCCUUCAUCCUCUGGGCUCCGGCCAUCUUGUUCUGGCAGUUUAUCGUUGGCGGGCGCACAGUGCCAGAGAAGGAGUGCUACAUUCAGUUCUUCUCCAACGCCGCGGUCACUUUCGGCACGGCCAUUGCUGCUUUCUACCUGCCGGUCAUCAUCAUGAUGGUGCUGUACUGGCAGAUAUCUCGCGCCAGCAAGAGCCGCGUCAAGAAGGACAACCGCAAGCCGUCAGGCGGCAACCUCGAUGUAGCCUCGUCCAAUCAGAUCCGCGAAAACACAGCCAACAAACCCACCAACAACAACCUAACAGCUGAAGAAACAGACAGAGGACAGACCCAGCUAACAGAUGACGCCGCCAACCAACAUGAUGCCAAACUCCAGAACGGCAAAGCACCAUCCACGGCGAGUGGAGAAGCGGAGGCGGAAGAUGGAGGACGAGGAAACUGCGUUCCUGCAGAGGAGAAAGAAAGCUCCAAUGACUCCACCUCUGGCAGCGGAGCUGUAACCAAUCAAAAGGACGAGGCGGCGCCAUCCAAAGCCAAUGACAACCAGGCUCCCGCGAGGCACCGCGCCAAAGCUGGAGGCUCCAAACUGACAUGCAUCAAGAUCAUCACCAAAUCGCCAAAGGGCGACUGCUACACGCCUUCGAACGCGACGGUGGAGAUCGUUCCGGCCACCGAGAGGCAGAACCACGUGGCGAGGAAGAUCGUGAAGAUGACCAAGCAGCCGCCCAAGAAGAAAAAAGCACCAUCCUCUCGGGAAAAGAAGGUGACGCGCACCAUCAUGGCCAUCUUGGUGGCGUUCGUGGCUACUUGGACGCCAUACAACGUGAUGGUCCUCAUCAACACCUUCUGCUCCAGCUGCAUUCCCAACACCGUGUGGACCAUCGGAUACUGGCUCUGCUACAUCAACAGCACGAUCAACCCCGCUUGCUACGCCCUCUGCAACAUCACCUUCAAAAAGACCUUCAAACACCUGCUGCUCUGCCAGUACAAGAACAUACGCUCGGCCCGAUGAGCUGUAGUGUGUGUGCAUGUGUUAUAUUUUACACGUGUGUUCUGGUGACAAAGGUACAUGUGUGGAUGUGUUUGUAUGUGUGGAAAGAUACAGUAAAACCAGUUCAGCAAUUGAAGAGUUUAUUUGCAAAAACUCCUUAAAUCAUGUGUUAUCAUAAUUGUGUUUUAUUGUGUUAGUUAGCUGUAUUGUUUUAGUUAUUAUUAUUUAAUCAAAACAACCCAACUCCAGUUUGAUUGAUAUUAAUUGGAAUGCAGGACAACAGAGUUAUCUGUUUUUGCAAAUGAACUCUUCAGUUACCCAUCAACACCCAUCAUAUACAAAGUUUUAAGAAUCCUCCGUCCUUGUAGUUUGGCGAAUUUGACAAGGUCAGCUGCAAGUACUCUAUUUUAACACAUUUCACCAUGUUUAAAUCACAGAUUUCCCCUAAAAUAAGUGUAAAAAUGUGCGUCUGAGCAGAUGUGUGAUUGCAUUUAUUGUUUUUUAUAUAUAUAUAUAUAUAUAUAUAUAUAGAUAGAUAGAUAAUCUGUUGUAGCACUUUACACACGCA